CCUCGACGCCGGUUUAAUAGCGCCCGCUCUUUAGACCGCCGCCGCCGCUGCUGCCUGCCUUGUCUCGCCUAAACAUAAUGUCCGCCAUGCGUCCACAGGGUCCCACUCCACAACGUCAACAAGCUUGGAAGCCCAUGGCCGUCAAGCGCGACAGAGAAGACGAAGCGGCCCCAAAGGCCAAGAAACCCAAACGCAAGGGCGGCAAGGCAUGCGUCUACUGUCGGCGCAGCCACAUGGUUUGUGAAGGCGGACGACCAUGUGAACGAUGCAUCAAGCGCGACAUUGCGCAUCUGUGUCGAGACGUCACGCCGCCCGCAUCCACACCGAUCAAGAAGGAAGGGUCGCAGUCUGAGGCGCCGCCACCACCUCCGCCGCAGCCCUCGCUCACAGACGUCCAGGCGCAGCCUCAGCCCCAGCCCCAGUUGUACGACGCCGGCGCGUCAAACUGGCCAUUACUUCCUGAUGCUAACGGAAGCGCACAUGACCUCAGCCUUGAUGCCUUGACUCGCCAGUCAUCCAGCGGGUUAACGGACGGCUGGGGCGUGCACACCAACGCCGAGUUUGGAAUCCUCUCCGAUAUGCUCAAGACCUUGCGGGUACCCAGUUUGCCGGGUGGAUUUGUCGACGUCCUUUCGCAGGUUGUCAACAACAGCAACGGCAACAGCAACUUGCCAUUAGAUCCGCACCAAUUACCCCCGGGGUUGCUGGACAAUCAACACGAGCAACAACAACAGCAGCAACACUCGGCAGAAUCAGUGGCCGGACCUUCAACGGACCCAAAGGGCAAGGGGAAAGGCAAGGAACCGCUGUCGAGUAUUUCGCGCAUUGAGCAGUAUCUCCUCGCGGCCGCGGACCAACCAGACGGCUCGCGCGCAUCGCGCCUUACUCAAGUCAUCCGUGCAAAGUACGAGGCUGGGCUACUUAAGCCGUACGACUACAUCAAGGGAUACGAGCGCAUGAACAGGUGGAUGGACAGCGGUCGCGCCGGCGCGCGCGAGGGGUCGCGAGCAAGCAGUCCCGCCAAGGGGCACAACAGCGAGCGCAAGCGGCUAGUGGUUCCCCCGCCGCCACCAAGCGGCAGCAGCAUCUCCCCAGAAUCGCGACGACGCAUUCUCGCGGCCCUCGAAGUGUUUCGUCCCAAGUUCCGGCGAAUCGCCAAGGAACUUACCGAUCUGGACCUCGUAUUUGUCGAGGAGGCCAACGAACGCCUCAUGCUCCAGUACGACCGCGCGCUCGCGUCCAUCCACACACCAAGCUGCAUCUGGCGCCGCACUGGCGAGAUUCAGAAGGCCAACCAGGAGUUCGCCAAGCUCACGGGCAUUCCGGCUCCACUGUUCCGCGGUGGCCAGCUGUGUGUCUACGAGCUGAUGGACGAAGACAGCGCGGUGCGCUUCUGGGAGGGGUACGGAAAGGUUGCGUUUGAGAAGGGGCAAAGCUCGCUCUACACGCACUGCACGCUCAAGAUCCCUCUGUCGUUGACGCGAGCCCAGCCCGCGCGGACACAGGGCAACACUCCCGCCCACGGCCCGACUCUCGCAAUGACGACGGUGCCGGACUUGAGCCUGCCGUCGUCGCUGGCCAUGUCGUCGUCGUCGACGGGGCCGAGCGGGCCGCAGCACGGCACGAUAGAGGAGGAGUUCCGGGUCAUCAAGACGUGCUUUAGCAUCACGAUCCGGCGCGACCGUUACGGCAUCCCCGUGGCUAUUAUGGGGUCGUGGAUUCCGAUUGUGAACUGAUAGACGAUGACGAGCGAGCAGCCCGACGUCAGGAGUAUGGAGAGUACCUUGAGCUUGCGUCGAGCUUGGCAUGUUGUGGCUGCUGUGGACGGUCUUUAACCCUGCAUAUUGUAUCAUUUUGCAUGCUGAUGUACGAGUGUGAGAUGGG